AUGCAUGGUGCUGCAUGUAAACUAGCAGGAUAUCGGCAUCAUGCUUCUCAGUUGUGCCUGAAGCAUUUUUGGUUCAUUGCCAUGAGGAAAGAGAUUGUCGCCUUUGGUAAGUGGUAUGACCAGCAGAUCGAGGUACGACCUUUGGCCACCAAGGCUCUCACAUCAUCAGUCCUCGCUGCACUUAGUAGUGUGGUUGCGCAAGUCAUCCGGCGGAAGGCUUCUAUCAGAGAAGUUGUGAGCUUUACUUUGCAGGCCGCUCCGCCAUUUUCACACUUCUGGUUCGAGCUUCUUGAAGCAAAGUUGGGGCCCGGGAAAGCAGUGCUGAAGACCACGGUGGACCAGCUACUUUUCCGCCCAAUUAUGAUUUGGUAUUGCUUUGUUUUUGGUGGUUUCCUUAGCGGCAAGCGUUGGACAGAGGUGAUGGACAAUUUGCACCGUAACUUUGCGAAGGUUGUGGUCAGCUCUUGGAAGGUGUGGCCGGCUGCAAUGUGGCUAACUCACAGGUAUAUCCCGGCCCAAUAUCGGUCAGCUUUCACUGAAAUGCUUGCAUUCUUCUGGGAUGUGUAUGAAAGUCUCAUGGUGAGUGGCGCCGAAAGAAAAAGCGAGGAAGACGAAAAGGAGGAGCCACAUUUGGAGAAGGGGCAACAACAACUAUACUCAGUACUCUAG